UUCUCCACGGGUAGGCGUGGCGUGUGUCACCUGGAGGAGUGUUAUGCCGGUGCUGCUGAUGCUCCUGGCCGCUGUGGCUGUGUGCUGCUCUUGUUGCGGUAUAGCUGUGAUCCUGCGACGGCUGUCUGGCUGCCCCUACCUCCCGCGUACACUCAUGGCUCGGACCGAGAAACCCUUCUUCAAGAUCGCGUACAGCCUGUACACUCGGACCAAACUUGGUUAUCUUUUCUACAAGAGACAGCUGAAGAAGGCACGAGAGCGCUUCCCUCACGGACACUCUUCCACCCAAGCCAUCGUCUUCAGUGGGGUGAAAGUGGUGCCUAUCCCGGUGUUGUCUGAUAACUACAGUUACCUGAUUAUUGACACUGCAUCCAGCCUGGCAGUGGCCGUGGACCCAUCUGAUCCUAUUGCAGUACAGAUGUACUUAGAUCGGGAAGGAGUGACUCUGGAAGCGAUCCUGUGUACCCAUAAGCACUGGGACCACAGUGGUGGCAAUAAAGCUUUGAAGAGACAGUACAAAUCAUGCCGUGUGUAUGGGAGCUCUUAUGAUUCCAUUCCAGCACUGACACAUCCUCUGUCUGACAGAGAUCAGUUGGCGAUUGGCCGAUUACAGUUUCAGGCCUACUUUACCCCAGGUCACACUACCGGCCACAUGAUUUAUGUCCUGGAUGGUAAAUCUGGAGAUGGACCAGACUGCCUAUUUUCCGGGGAUCUUCUCUUUCUUGCGGGUUGUGGGAGAAUGUUCGAGGGGUCUGCAGAAAUCAUGCUGGGGUCAUUAGACACAGUGGCUUCUCUGAAUGACAACACGUUGCUUUGGCCUGGCCAUGAAUACGCAGCAGACAACCUCACAUUUGCGGCUGUGGCGGAACCUGAGAACGUUGUUCGUGACAGGAAAUUCCAGUGGGUUAUUGAGCAGCGACUAGAAAGGAAAUGUACGUGCCCAUCCACCCUAGGUGAAGAGAAGGAGUAUAACCCGUUUCUGCGGACACACUGUAGAGACUUACAUCUGGCACUGGACCUCCAGCGAGGGGCUGAUGAGGAAUGGAAUCAUUUUAGGGCUCGGGUCCUGGAAGAAGUUCGGCGGAGGAAAGACCUCUUUAAAGGCAGAUAGUCGUGUCCUCCGCAAGAAAUAGUUUUAUGCUGACUGGAGAUCCUGAUCUGAAAGAUAUACACUGGGAAAAUAAGUCCAUCCACCCCAGGUUUUCAUUUGAUUCUUAAAAUCCCAUAUGGAUGAGAUACAUUCUCUCCAUCGUCCUGGUGUUAUGUUCAUGUGGUGUUUGAUUCUCCCUUCACUAGGAGAAUUUAUUUCUAAAUAAGCUUGAACGUGCUUGGAAGAUGAACUUGAUUCUACACGGAUCUUGGUCUUUCAGCGUUUGCUGCUGAAUUACUACUGCACUAUUUUUUUUUCAGAUGCACAACUUCCCGGGUAUAUCCUAUAGUAUAUCACAUCUUGUGGUGCAACAUAGUGUUUAAGAAUAACGAAAAACUAUUUUCAGCAUAUCAAUGAACUUAACCCUACAACUUCACAACCAUUUGAAGAGGGCAACCAGCCCUGAUCCAAAAGAAUUGUUUUCUGGAAGUGAACACUAGUGCUGGCCAGCUGCUAUGAAUGAAUAUUGUGCAAUGUUUGUCUACGUGUCUUUGGAAACCUUGUGGUUAGUAUGGUGGCCUCAGGGUGAUACUCCAACAAAGGACAAAGGAGCACUGUAUAUACAUUUUGAUGUACCCAUAUAGGUGUGUUACAUUUGUUAAACAUUAGUAUCUGUGAACCACUGACACAUCCCUACACUAAUAUUCCUUUUAUUACAAGCCUCCGCUUUUUAAACCGGGAAGAAUUAGUUUCCUUUGGAACCCUCUUGUGUUUUUUAGUUUGUUUUUAAAUCUAGUUUGACUGGUUUUCAGAUUUCCAGCAGGCAUUUGCACACUUCUCACAAUAUAGGUAUUGUAUAUAAUAGCGUAAACAUUUAAUCUGUCAAGUAUAUUCUUUUCUUUUUGUCCUUCCGCUGGUGAGUUUGGGUUGAAAGGGAGGAUUGUGGGGUCCUAUAAAUGUGAAUCCGAGCCAACUGACUGUAGAUGGUCGUCAUAACAUAUUUUGUGAGGCUGGUUGUGUCUGCAGCAAAGAAGUCUACGGAUUACCCAGUGGACUCUCCGAGAUGUGUGUGAACCAGUACAAGCAGGCCUGGGUUUUUGGAAAGGCGGCAUUCUAUUUCCUUACAUGACUUUUGGCAUAAAAAAAUAUCAGUCUUCACAUUAAGUUGCUGUCAAGAUGUUUAUGUAAUUGGUGAGCUAUAGAGGUUGGAGGUCAUGAAGCUAUGAAGUGAUAGGAAGAUAUGGGUAUGCAUCAGUGGAACUGUACCAAACUUAGUGCUUGAUCAGCAUGGUGCAGCUGGGCCACAUUGCUUUUGGAUUAGAUACAUGGGACUACACUGGCAGUGCAGUCCCUUUUAAUCUGCAGGACAACAACUUUUACUGUCUACCUGGAAUGUAAUUAUCUAUCUAUCGAUCGAUCGAUCUAUCAUUUCAUAUGCAUCUACCUAUUUGUCUUAUCUAUCGAAUCCAAUCUCGUAUUUCUCUAUAUCUAGGCCCAGAUUUAUUAAGCCUUGUAUAGUGAUAAAGUACCAACCACUCAGCUCCUAACUGCAGUGUUACAGGCUGUGUUUGAAAAAUGACGGUUAGGAACUGAUUGGUUGGUACUUUAUCACCUUGCAGUUUAUCACUCUCCAAGGCUUGAUAAAUAUGGGCCCUAGUAUCUAUCCAAUCCAAUCUCGUAUAUCUUCAUAUCUUUGUGUAUCCAAUCCAAUCUUGUAUCUAUCCAAUCUAUCCAUCACAUGAAAUGUUCACACACACGUCUAUAUCCCUUUAUGUAUAUUUUAGCAUGAGCACAAUUAAUAGAGGGGGGAGAUUUUACUGAAACCUUUAAAAAGGAAAGUAGACAUGCUGUCCACAGCAAUUAAUCCAGUACUAGCUUAUCAUUUAGUGCAGUCUAGAAAGGAUAGAAUUGGUUGCUAUGGAUGACACUUCCACGUUUCCUUUUUAGAAGUUUUAAUCUACACACGUUUACAUUUAGGUACACGAAAGUUAGACAUAACUGGACGGCCACCUCCAAAAAAAAUAAUUUUCUGCCCUGAUGGUGCAGUCAGAAUGCAUGUGACCAAACCCUGUUCGUUCUGUUUCAUAUUGCUUAUUGGACAUUAGUAAUUGGAGCUAAGGUUUAGUUGACUGGAAACUCUUCAUUUGUCAGUAUUGCUUUCCAGAAAGUUUUCUUACAUUGUUGCUUCCUAUGCUGCAUUUAAAAUGCAGCUGUCCCAAGAUAUAGUGGAGGUAGCCAUUUUGUGCAUUCAGCCAAAAUUCAUGAAAAUAUGGAAAUUUAGGGCCUUGUAAAUACUUGGCUUCACAAUUUUUAGAUAGAUAUGCUGCAUUUUCCAAAAUACUGGUUCCACAAAAUGGCCACCUGUAUUAUGCAUAAUAGACAAGUCCUUAUUAUAGGUACGUAUCUGUGUAGAAAUGAAGUUAUGGAUAUAUUCGGAUUAAUGUAUAUCAUUUCCAUUUGGAUCUGACAUUAAGUUUUUUCAUUUAUUGCCAGAUUCAAUGUGCUAGCUACAUAAGCACACUGCAGGCAGGCAUUUUGUGGAAUGAUUCAAUGGUGCAGCUGUAUUAAACGGUCGCUGAUCAUGCCGGUAUAGCUCUUCCUGCUUCACCUCUUUACCGAGAAGAAUCCGUACCGACGAGAUGUAUGAACAUCUCAUCUGCCGGUGUAGGGGAGUGAAAACAACCCCCCCCCCCCCCCCCCCCCCCUCCUCUGGCAAGCCCUGCCGGUCCCCACAGCGGAUCUACCUAGUGCUGAUGCGCUGUGUCUCACUGUGCGGCCAGCUCCACUGUGUGCGAGAUCUCCCGUAUAUACCAGAGCCAGCAGCUACCGCAGCCAAUGACACUACUGCCCCAGCUGUGGUGAUGAGGCAAUGUCAGCUGCUGCUAUCAAAAUCGAUAACUGCAGUUGUCAGAACAGUCAGUGCCUUUGACUGUUCAUACAUUGCCUAGCAUAUCGGCGUAGACAGCAGCUCCGAUGUCACUUGCCACACAUCUCUGCAUUCAUACAUGGGGCAGAAGCAGUAUCAGCGCACAUAACGUGUGCCGAUACCACUAAACCGCCAUAGCUGCAGCUAAUACAUCAACCCUCAAGAUGCAUUAAGAUGCAGUCUAUCAAGUCACUAGGAGCUAGUGAACUUGCUGAAACGGGAAGCAUUUUGAGACGUGUAGUGCCUCAGUGUUAACAGUAGAGAAUUAGAGAAUUGAUAGGCUGCAUGCUGAUGAAUAUAGUUUAAACCCACAAACUGGCUGCUCCUGCUGCAUAUAGGUGGUGGGUGCAUUAUAGAUUUAGUAUCUUUUUUUUUUUUUUUGAGAUGGUGCUGGUUUUCAUUUUUAACAUUUAGUAAUUACCGUGGAUCACAGAGCUUCCAAAAACAAAAUAAGCAUUUAAAAUAUUGUUUAUUUGGAUUGCUUACAUUGACUGGAAUAUGUAAGCACUCAAAUGUUUGUCCUUUUAAUGCUGAUUUUAAAUUCAAUUCACUCUCAUAAACUGAAACGUUCACACAGUCUAUUGUAAAUGGCAUUUCAUACAACCAUUAACCAGGUAUUUUCAGAUGAGCCGGCCAAUGGCAUUUUAAAACUUGUUCCCUAAUACAUUACUUUCCAUCAUGGUCACAUUUUUAACCACUAACAAUGUCUGCUACACAAACAUGUCACCAUACGGAUCAUUGAUCCCUGUGCCUGCAGCAUUUUUUCAGCCCUUUAAAGUUCAAAAUGCAAACAUUUAAAGUACACCAGUCAUAUACCUCCGUGCUUCACAAAUCCAGUCCUCGGGACACACUAGUGCAUGUUUUCCCGGUCUCCUCACAGAAUCACAAGUGAUAUAGAACCACCUGUGCAUCUUUUAAAAUGUGUAUACCUAUAACUAAUGCAUCUGUGCUCCGACAAGGAGAUGUGGAAAACGGGCCUGAUUCAGAUGUGGUGGUGGUUGCAGUUAUCUUGCAAUCUCUUGCUGUACGCAAUUGCAAGUAUGAUGAUAUGUGAUGCUAACCUGAGCAUAUGGAGGCCCACUGCUGCCUGCUCGUUUCCGUCCAACGGCACACAACUGCUGAACCAUCUGUACCAUUGUCGCAGAUCAGGUCAUCAUGCAGUCUGAGUGCCCCUGAAGAAGCGCAGGCUGAGCUGCUCUCCUGGGACACAGAGGGCUCUUCAGUAGCAUGUGAGAUCGCAACUGCUAAUUUAUGCAUGCCCAGAAAACACCAUCUGAACGCCCAUAACACACCUGUGUUUAUCCGACCACUCGUCAUUGCCACCCCCAACAGUCUACCUGUCACUCACAUGCGACUAAUUCCUCAUUGCAAGCACCAUCACAAUUAAAUUGCUGCUCGAGAUGCAUGCACAGUAAGAAAACAUUGACCAGCUUGCGCUCUUGAGCUGCUUUGGGGCCGCAUCUGAAUGAGGCACAACAUGCACUGUAAAGCUGGGUACAAUACACUAUACAAUUAUUAAAGAUAAGCUAAAUUUUGUAUGAUUGACCCAAUAAUAGUUGUGUUUAUGCAUGAGCGUUAGCCUUCUAAGCGCCAUCAAACGCUCCUGCAUUGGCCAAAUCAGGAGGUUGGGAUUUUAUGUCCUUUAAAAAAAAACAAAACAAAAAAAACUAUCCCCAACCUCCCUGACCCUUUGAAGGAAGCACACAAUGGGGGUAAUUCCAAGUUGAUCGCAGCAGGAAAUUUUUUUGCAGUUGGGCAAAACCAUGUGCACUGCAGGGGCGCAGAUAUAACAUUUGCAGAGAGAGUUAGAUUUGGGUGGGUUAUUUUGUUUCUGUGCAGGGUAAAUACUGGCUGCUUUAUUUUUACACUGCAAUUUAGAUUGCAGAUUGAACUCACCACACCCAAAUCUAUCUCUCUCUGCACAUGUUAUAUCUGCCUCCCCUGCAGUGCACAUGGUUUUGCCCAACUGCUAAAAAAUUUCCUGCUGCGAUCAUCUCUGAAUUACCCCCAAUAAGCUAAUGAUGCUGUGUGUACAGGAGGUACACUGAUCAGAUAAUUGCUGUGUUGGGUCAUAGCAUUUACCUGAUCUGUAGGGUGUGUAUCCCGAGGACUGGAUCUCAGAAGUACUAUAUGGUGCUGGCCAUAGUUUUGUGCUCCUGAAAAUGCAACAUGUCAUUGGGAGACACAAAGUGGUGGCUUCCACUAUGUUUAGGUGUAAGGAUUACAAGGAUCCUGCUAUGGUUUAAAUAUAUUAUAUUAAAAAUAAUACAGCAGACCAAUUACAUCUUAUUCAUUGGGAAGUGAUUGCAAUAGUUGGGAUAGAACAUCUAAUCGUAGCCUGCUGCUCAGGGCGCGGAGAAACACUAUCACAGCCAAACAAUGUGCCGGAUUCAGAGUUGUAUGAUAUUACACAGCCACAAGGAAGCGGCUAUGCAAUACCGUACAGCUCAUAUGUAAAUGCAGCAGGAGGUGAUUCGUGUAAAUAGACUCUUCCUGUAUGCGUCUCGGGAUACAUCAUUGGAUCACUCUGUGUGACCAUUGGUCAUGCGAGUAACCUUCAGUAACCUUAAAUCUGCAUCGCCAGACGCAGGCACUGACAUUGGCGCUCCCACAAAACUGAGGCGUGUUGCCUCCAUUUUGUGGAACAUAGCCAGUCGCCGCCUCUUUCUCAGCCCCAAACACUUGGAGCCUGUCAAUCAGGCUGGGUCUUAUAGGCCCUACACACUGGCCGAUUUUCUGAAAGAUAUGAACGAUCUCGUUCAUAAAUGAACGAGAACUCUUCAUAUCUUUCAGUGUGGAGACUCCAGCGAUGAACGAUGCGCGGCCCCGCGCUCGUUCAUCGCUGGUCUCCCGUCGGCUGUGCAUGCAGGCCAAUAUGGACGAUCUCGUCCAUAUUUGCCUGCACUUCAAUGCAGCCGCGUGUCGGGGGGAGUGAAGAAACUUUACUCCCCCCGUCACUGCCCCCCCGCCGCCGGGUCGCUCGUCGGCCACCUCGGCGGCGCAUCGUCAAAAGAGUAGGGCCCUUUAGGUUGCGCUGCAUAAGAGGAUGCAGGACAGGUCCUGCACAUGCACAGUGUCCCCACCAUCGGGUUUGUACCCUAAUCAUCGGGUCAGCAUAUAAGUCUGUAGUAGGCCCAAUGUCUUUUACCUUAAGUUUUAUUUUUUUUGCUCUUUAAAUUCAGAAAAUGGUACUGUACCAACAAGUGAUCAAAUAAAAUACUACUGAAAAGUGAUCUUUCUAUCAUUACAUCUAUAUCUGCACCUCAUGAGGUGACUUCUGUGAGCAAUCUGCUGUUGUCCUGGAACCUAAUAAACAGUUUCUGAUGUGAGGUGCCAAUAUGAAUGUGUAUCAAUAAAUAGAAAAUGAUUUACUUCAAAA